AUGGAGCUACUCGUGGUCCUGGUAAUUGGUCUCUCCUGUUUGCUUCUUCUUUCAGUCUGGAGACAGAACUCUGGGAGAGGGAAACUCCCUCCUGGCCCCACUGCUCUUCCAAUUAUUGGAAAUUCCUUGCAGAUUGAUUUUAAAAAUUUCAGUAAAUCCUUAACAAAGUUUUCAAACAUCUAUGGCCCUGUGUUCACUAUAUAUUUGGGCAUGAAUCCCACAGUGGUAUUGUAUGGAUAUGAAGCCGUGAAGGAAGCUCUGAUUAAUUUUGGAGAGAAGUUUUCUGGAAGAAGCAACUCUGCAACUUUGGAAAAAAUCAAUAAAGGAUUUGGAAUUGUUUUCUGCAAUGGAGAAUCAUGGAAAGAGAUGCGGAGCUUCUCCCUCAUGACUUUGAGGAAUAUGGGGAUAGGGAAGAGAAGCAUUGAGGAGUGUGUUCAAGAGGAAGCAUGCUGCCUUGUGGAAGAGUUGAGAAAAAUCAAUGGCUCAUCCUGUGAUCCCACCUUUAUCCUGGAGUGUGCUUCCUGCAAUGUUAUGAGCUCUAUUAUUUUCCAAAAUCAAUUUGAUUAUAAAGACCAGAGUUUUCUUACCCUAAUGGAAAAACUCAAUGAAUUUAUCAUGAUUUUGAGCUCUCCAUGGAUGCAGAUCUGCAAUAAUUUUCCAGCUCUCCUUGAUUAUCUUCCAGGGAGUCAUAACACUGUUGUCAAAAAUGCCAUUUAUAUAAAAAGUUACAUUUUUGAGAAAGUCAAAGAACAUCAAGAGUCACUGGAUGUUGAUAAUCCUCGGGACUUCAUUGACUAUUUCCUGAUCAAAAUAGACGAGGAAAAGCACAACCCACAGUCCAAGUAUAACUAUGAAAGUUUGGUUGCCACCUUAUAUGAUUUGUUUACUGCUGGGACUCACACAACAAGCACAACACUGAGAUAUGCUCUACUGCUCCUGAUGAAGUAUCCACAUGUCACAGUUAAAGUCAAAGAGGAGAUUGAUUGUGUGGUUGGCAGACAUCGGAUCCCUUGCAUGCAAGACAGAAGAAACAUGCCCUACACAGAUGCUGUGUUGCAUGAGAUCCAGAGACACAUUGAUCUGUGUCCCACUGGCUUGCCCCGUGCAGUAACCUCUGACAUUAAAUUCAGAAACUAUCUCAUUCCCAAGAGCUUUUAUCAUGAAAUGCUAGCAAAAGAUUAUGGUCCUGUGUUCACUCUGUAUUUGGGAAUGAAGCCCACUGUGGUGUUGUAUGGCUAUGAAGCAGUGAAGGAAGCCCUGAUUGAUCAUGGAGAGGAAUUUGCUGGCAGAGGGAAUUUCCCAGUGAUGGAUAAACUCAUGAAAGGAUUAG